AUGCCUCCUACAAAGGAGCCUGAUAAAUACCGAGUUGAGACCGGUUUCAGCUUCCCUCCGCGCUGCCGAGUGGGCGACGGCGUUGGAGAUGGCCGGGGCCGGCCCGCUCCCACCCCUGCGGCCAGUGUCCCACGCAGCGGCCUCGGCUUCUGGCUGGACGCUUCCACGCGCUGCACUUCACUGAAGCUGGUGCCUUCCCAAGGCUUCGUGUUCCCAGGGUGCCUUUUCUUACAGGCGUCCUCUGACUCUCAACUUGCAAAUGGAGAUAGAGGCUUUGAGAAUGUGGAGCUGGGUGUCAUAGGAAAGAAGAAGAAAAUUCCAAGGAGGGUUAUUCAUUUUGCAAGUGGAGAAACAAUGGAAGAAUAUAGCACAGAUGAAGAGGAAGAUGAGCAAGAGAAAAAAGACCUGUUGCCGCCUGUAGAUCCUACAACGCUCACCUGGGGACCCUACUUGUGGUUUCACAUGCUGCGAGUUGCCACAUCAACCUUAUCAGUGUGUGAUUUCCUUGGGGAAAAGAUUGCAUCUGUUCUGGGGAUAAGCACACCAAAAUACCAAUACGCCAUUGAUGAGUAUUACAGAAUGAAGAGAGAGGAGGAAGAGGAGGAACAGGAAAACAAGAUGUCAGAAGAAGCAGAAAGACAGCAUCAGGAACAGCAGAACAAGCCACAAGCUGAAGCUCCUGUCCAGACAGACCAGCCUGAAGCAACAGCAUGCACUUCAUUUGUGAAUGUAAACUUUGAAAAUGAGGGAGACUGCCAGUCCAUUGGGGAAAAUAAACAAGAUGUGGUUCCUGUCCCUCCUUAAGUGUAAAGCUCUGUAUAACAUAGGAAAUGGGAAGUGUCACAAUCUGGCUGUAAGAUGCAGGAAAAAUAGGAUUAUACAUGUUCAGUGAAAUUCAACUUCCAGCAUUCUUAUUGAUCAGGAGAGAGCGAGGCAAUGGCUGUUCAGUUGGUCUGCCUAAAAAAGGCUGAGGCAUUCUGCCAAAUUGGCACUUCAGUUAAAAUGAAAAUUGCACUACAAACAUUUGGUCUAAAAUUGAAUGUGUGAGCUAAUUUCUGUGUAAAGCAAGUAAAAAUGUCUUUUCUUUGAGUUGCUGUGUCUCUAACAAACACCUGUGGAUUGCAGAUACAGUGCUGUUUCCUACUUCUAAACACCUAUUUCUGAUUUGCACAUUGUUUGCAACUCGGCUCUCUAUGAAUAGAUUAAUAGGAAUCAAUAUCCUGUAACUCACAAGUCAUUAUAAUAGCGUCUGAUUUUUCCCUAUUUAUUGUCGCUAUUGUGUGCAUGUAUUUUUUUUUCUGUUGUUAUUUAACGUAAGAGAUAGUUAGAUUUAAUGUUAACUAGAUUUAAGGGACCACUGACUUUUUUUUACUGAAAAAAAUUUUUUAAGGAGGCUUUUAAACACACCUAUGAACUUACUAACCUCCGAGAGUGCUGGUACUUGUUAAUAGUGCUCUGCUGCUCCAUACAGAACCAGCAUCGGUGUAAGAUGUUCUCAGUCCUAGUCCAAGACUUAAGAGAGCCACCUGCUUUAAUAGUUUACAUGCUCUGAAUGGUCCUGGGAAAUAAACUAAAGUCUUGCUCAAUUAAUUAUACCGAAGGCACUGGACACUGUAUGGUACCAAUCUAGAACUGCAAAAGCUUUUUUAGAUGUAGAUACCUGAGAGUCAGUAUACUUGAUUAACCUAAACAGACUAUUUGUUUAAUGGUAAAUUAUCAGUAAGGGAUGUACCAUUGCAGUUGUUUCUCCCCUCUCUAGCACAGAAUACAUAAAUAACUAGAAAUCACAAGACCAAACUUAUGAUUCUUCCUUUUUCUUAAAUAAACAAAACGCUUUGUUGCAAUACUGCAACAACAGUAGUUUUUAUUUUUGUCUAAGUGAAAUGCAGGUAGCUCCAGAGCUUUUAAGUAGCCCCAAGUACCAAUUAAGGAAAUGUAAUGGCUGUCCUUCUACUUGCAGCAUGUAAAAGGUGACUGGUUUACUUUGUGACAAUCAGGUGUCAGUGCCCCAGUCACCUUCUACAGAGAGUUGGUGUAGAUAAAGGAGCAGAGAAGCUGCAGUAGCUACCGUGUGAAACAUUACUUCCGUCCUUGAGAUUUCUAAAAAAAAAAAGAAAAAAAAACCCAACCAACCCCAAAACCCCCAAACUUUAAAUAAAUAGUCUUCAGUGAAAUUUUGUGUUGGGUAUCAUAGUAUGUCCCUGGCCUUGGUCCCAUUACCAACCAACUAAGGAGCCAGAUGUAAGAUCAGAGGCCAGGUACCUUGCUAUUGGUUCCCAGAGCUCAGUUACGUAUUUCAGACAACCCUCUGUCCUGGACUAGCGUCCUGUUGAGCACAAAUUCCUUCUCCUCUCAUCCGCCCUUAGCAUUCCAGACCUAUAGAAAAUCUUCUGAUGAAGAUUCAGGCAUCAGCUCUAUUCCAUCUGGUUUGAUACCAUUCAAAAAGGCAAAGAACAGAGUAAGACAGCAGGUGCUGACAGCUGUGUGAAAUCAUUCCUUAGCCCUGAACAUCUGCAAGGGACAGCUUGGUUCAACACCUGGGGAAUACACAGAAAACCAGCUUGUUGGGAGUUCUUAUACUGUCAAAGGCAGGAAGCCUCACACAGCUCAAGAGUAAAACCUUUACUCUGAAGGAUGCUUUGCUUUUCUGCCAAGAAAUUAUGUCAGUUGUAUUUUUCCCCCCCCACCCCUCCCUACUGUCUGUUGCAUCAGAAAUGCUCUCACUGCCUUGGGUUUAAAACUUCUUUGUAUAGAAUACUGUAUUACUCACUGUGCCUUAACUUAAUCCUUCCUUCAGUUUUUUGCAAACUGUAUGAAAGUGGUUACUUUCAUAAUGGUUUAAUUUUUCU